UGACAGGCUUUUAUUUGUUGUGUGUAGAUGUUUCAAUUGAAACAUCUAAUGAUUUGAUUUAAUCAAAUCAAUUAAUUGAUUUGAUUACCUGUCUGUGUGCAGAUUUAUUUUUUUCAUUGCCUCGGUUCAGCUAUGGAGGACCCUGACAUUCGACAACAGAAGCUGGACAACCAGCGAGCUCUGCUUAUGAAAAACCAGCAAAAGAAGAGAGCCGACAACCAGAUGGUGGUGGCAAACUGGGAUACUCGCCAAAAGAAUCGAAAGCGCAAAGUCAUCAAGAGCGACGAGACGCCCCUGUUGGACUGUCAGUCCCUGAGCAGCACCUCUCUGAGUGAUCAAGUUGAACAUGCCCAUGACAACCCCCUGGAUGAGAUCACUCUGGGGGAAGACGACAUGACAGCAACUAUGGUGUCAGAACAGAAAUCUCUGGAGAAACCCGGUACUCCCAAAAUAAUGAACUUAGAUGUUGACAGAGAGCCUGAGGUGAACUGUGAAGGGGAGAAGGAGGCCCCCGUGGAGAUAAUAAAGACAAAGAAAGAUGUGAAAAAGGAGAAAACCAAAUUGGGGAAACUAACAGAAGAGAUGAAAAAUGACGAGGAAAAAGGAAAAAAGGAGAAGAAAAACAAGAAGAAAGAGAAAGAAGCUGUGGACACAAAAAAGACAAACAAGACAACCAAACAAGAGCGUAAAAACAAGCAUUUGCAGGAAGAUUCAGCCCCUGAGGCAGAACCAGUGGUCGAAGAGACAAAUAGAUGUAAAGAAAGUGACAGCGAUGAGGAGAAGGGUUCCCAGCCGCCUGUUCCUCCAUCGCCGAUGAAGAAAAAAACUCUGGACACAUCCAGGUGUCAGAUAAGUGACGAGAGCAAAGAUGAGGAAAUCCAAGAACAAGUGAAGCCGGAGAAAAAGUCCAACAAAGGAGACAAAACUACUUCCAGCCUGGUGUCCCUCAACUCCAACUACAGGGAGACUUCGUCCUCGGGGAGCGAGCACAGCGAAAGAUUAUCAUCUCCGAUGUUGCUGGAGGAUCUUGAGACGUUUGCCUUGCGUCCUGCUCCCAGAGACGCGACGAUCCUCUGCAGGGUGACCAGGGACAGGAGAGGCAUGGAGAAGGGCAUUUAUCCAACUUACUACCUCCACAUGGAGAAGGAAGAUGGAAAGAGGGUGUUCUUGAUGGCGGGCAGAAAAAGAAAGAAGUGCAAAACUUCCAACUAUCUCAUCUCUGUUGACCCGACAAAUCUAAGCAGGGAUACAAACUCUUACAUCGGAAAACUAAGGUCUAAUGUUCUGGGUACAAAGUUCACAGUCUAUGAUGGCGGUGAAAACCCAGAGAAAAAACCCUUCAUCAAAGAGUGUGAUUCAGUGAGGCAAGAACUGGCAGCCAUAUGCUACGAGCCGAAUGUUCUGGGAUUCAAGGGUCCGAGGAAGAUGACCGUGAUCAUCCCUGGCAUGUUGGAGAACAACCAAAGAGUGACCGUUUGUCCCAAAAAUGAGCUCGAGACCCUCCUGGUCCGCCAUGCAAACGGCACCACGGACAAGCUGGUGACCCUGGUGAACAAAUCCCCCAGCUUUAACGAACAGACUCAGUCAUAUGUGCUGAACUUCCACGGCCGUGUGACCCAGGCCUCGGUGAAAAACUUCCAGAUCAUCCACCCUGAGAAUGACGAGUACUUAGUGAUGCAAUUCGGCCGUGUGGCGGAGGACGUCUUCUCCAUGGAUUACAGUUUUCCUCUGUGUGCCCUGCAAGCCUUUGCCAUCACUCUCUCAUCCUUUGAUGGCAAACUGGCCUGUGAGUGACCCAAGUGCUCAACUGUCUGAACUAAAUCAAAAGUUCUAGUCUUAUACCCAUAAAACA